AUGGCUGUGUCUAAGAAUGCAGCUGGAUAUAGUGGUUUGACAGAAGAUGAGGAGAAGCAGUUGAAAGCACUGUUGAAUAAGGCUCAGCAGGCUCCGAAGGCGUCUGGUGGAUCAGCAAUGACUGAUCGCAAGGAGGUUCCAUUGCCAAAGAAUUGCACUCUGAAGGAGUGGUCUCACACGGUGUGCCAGCUUCCGAAAGUCAAUGGUGAGCCGAAGUGGAACGGAAAGACUUAUUCUGAACUGCUUAGGAUGGCUAUUGACGGUGACAUUGAGCUGGACAAGUAUCUGGGAUUCAUUUUCAAGAAGUAUCAUGGGUCCUAUGAUGGAACUCACAAGUCUCAAGCCGUGGACUUGGCUGGGACCCAGCGCAACAUCACCCUGAGCAGCACAGAGAGCGAGUUUGUUGCAUUGGUUUCAGGUGCAUGUGAAGGGCUUCUACUUCGAGCAGUUCUACAACUCUUGCUUGGUGAGAACGUGCAGCUGAAGCUCUAUGGGGACAACACCAGUUGCAUGGCCAUUGCAGCAAAGGAGGGUGUUUGCAAGGUGAAACACUUGAGUGGAAGGUUGUUGUGGAUCCAACAGAGGAUUUUUCACUGGAAACCUUUUCAUCGUGUGGCUUUUACUGGUUUGAUGCACAUCUCCCUGGCCAGGGCUUGUGAGUGUUCCCCACAAGAGGCCUUCCUUUUGCCUGUUGUUCCCGGUCAAGGGGGGGUUUGGGAUUUGGACACAGUGUCUUCAAGCUCAAGCCCAUCUCCAUACCAAGAUGCCGUGGAGGAAGAAGACAUUGACGCCUUACAGGCUACAGAAGAUGUUCCUGAGGCGACAGUGCUUGAGUUAGCGGCUGCUGCAAGCCGACCAUCUGCGUCUGAGAGCCCGGUGUAUAUUCAUGCAAUUGCGUGCAUUUCUGACCAUGAUCAUGAUGCACAACAAUCCAAGUUGAGACUGAGCGCAUGUAGCAAGUGGCUUUCAAUUUUGGUUCUCUGUUUGCAUGCCAGUGAUGUUGGUAGACACAUUGCAGCACUUGGACCUCUGGAUGAACACCGAUGUGAAGCGUUUGACAUCUUGGAGGCAGUGAUCGGUGUCAGAUCUUACCACACCGCCAUUUGCCGGGCCAAUUCAAUUUUGAAAUUUUUGAGGGAGACUUUGGAGGUUUUUCCGGACACCACUAUGCCAUUUACAGAAGACUUGGUGUGGAUGCAUUUUCAACGCUUGAAAAGCUCUGGAGGUGCAACUUCAGCGGCCUCUGUUUUGUCUGCCUUCAGGUAUGCAAAAUUUGUCAUGGGAUUUGAAUGCAUUGAUGCGAUUCUGAACAGCAAGCGGCUCAGAGGGCUUAGCGACAUUCUUUUUGUAGGUAAAAGGAAGUUGUUGCAGGCACAGACGCUGACAGUACAACAGGUCAGGAUUUUGCAUUCAGUUUUGGAGAGUGCGAACUCAGACAAAUUUGAUAGAGCGGCUGCCGGCUUCUUGUUGACAGCGCUCUACGGCAGAUGCAGGGUUUCUGACUUGAUUUUUCUGGAUUCCAUCAAACAUGAUCACAGCGAUUCAGAUGGGUUUUUGGAGCUGUUUACAGCAGUGCACAAGACUGGACGAAGCGCUGCAAAGAAAGCAACACUGUUACCGAUCCUCUGUCCAGCAAUUGGCGUGACGGGCUCAAAUUGGGUCAUCCAUGCUUUGAAAGCUUUCGAACAGAUUGGAUUGAAAUUUGAAGGUGUCAUCAAAGGCCCCUUGCUGCGACCACCCAACCAUGCAGGUCCCGACCUCUGUGGCAGAAGUGUGAAUGCAACUGAGGAGGUUCAAGUGGUUGAGACGGAUGCUGCAGAAGUUGAGCCGAGUUUUUGCAAGCCUGAGCUGGCCAUGGAUGUGGCUGGGCAACAGCCAGUGGUGGACCUCAUCUCUGAGAGUGAGUCUUCGGAGAGCGAAAGUGGUGAGUCUUGCGUUGCAUCGGAGGAGAGCUCCGACGGCCAGCCUUUGUCAAAGCGCCUCAGGUUCAAAGCCGUUGACAAGCCGGAUAGGCAGCGGGCAAAAGAAUGCAAGUUGUCCGAGGUAGCUCUGCAAGACCUUGCGCGUUUAGGACAUUCCCUUCUUGACGCAUGUGCUCAAAUGCACUCCACAAACGAGAUCAAAUACUUGGCUCCUGAGCGUUGUGUGAGUCGUUUGCAUGAGAUUACACAGCAGAAGACCCCAGCGAAACAGGUUGAGAUCGAAUCCGACCGUCUCAUCGUCCGUGAGAAAAGCGAAGUGCCUGAUGAAGCGGCGCACUCAGCGCUGCAAGUAAAAGAGGCCCUGGAACGUAGGGGUGUGGGACUGGUCUUUGCAGACCUGACAUCAGUUUCCCAGACUGUUGCUGCGGACAAAGCUGUGUGGGCGAAAUUGCUGGAGGAAGGGGUCAAACCCCGCCGUGAUGCUUCAGGUGUCUUGCCCUUAGAUGCAUCCCUUAUGAAGGCAUUGGAGUCCUAUGCAGUAUCCUUUACGUUGUUGCCUUUGCCUCAGCAGAAGAAGCCCUCUCCUGUGACGCCCGUGCCUAAGCCGAAAGCUGGGGUCAAGACCACCCAGUUUCAAAAGACGCACAAAGGCAAGGGCAAAUCAAAAGGGUCCAAUAAAGGACCUCGAGUUGUGACGAAGCAGCAGACGGAUCAUCAUGCAGGCGUGGCAAACAUUGUUGUGCAAAGUGCUUUGCAAAUCACAGCCUGA